GGGGGCGGUGUCGGUGGGGGUGAGACCAGACACGUGCAGAGCCACUCAUCAAAGGCAGGAAAUGGACAAGCACGUCUGGCCCUGAACAGCGCGGGGCUAAGGGACUUCCAACAAGCUCAAUGUGCAGCUGAAGUGGAUUCCACGGCACCGGAAACGGCAACUCCCACUUGGGGCGCUGCGGACACACGAGUCCAGGCUGCCUUCCAGGAAGCCAAAAAAAAAAAAAGGAAAAGAAAGAAAAGAAAAAGGAGGGAUAGUGGAGAGCAGGGCUUCGGCCGCCGCCCACAACGCCGCGCCCUCGUCUCCAGACGGUCUUGGCAGGCCGCGCUCGGCCCCCAGGCACUCCCAGGUGGCCCAGCCCUCGGACCCGGCGGCCGGGCGGGCGCUGCCCGCCGGCGGGGACCUCAGGGAUCAUGGCACAAGUAGCAAUGUCCACCCUGCCCACUGCAAAUGAGGAGUCCUCGGAGAGCAGGAUGGUAGUGACGUUCCUCGUGUCUGCUCUUGAGUCCAUGUGUAAAGAAUUGGCCAAGUCCAAGGCGGAAGUGGCCUGCAUCGCAAUGUAUGAAGCAGAUGUGUUUGUUAUUGGAACAGAGAAAGGACGUGCUUUUGUCAAUGCCAGGACGGAUUUACAGAAGGAUUUUGCAAAAUACUGUGUUGCCGAAGGGCCGCAGGAGAUGAAACCCCCAGGCCCCGCCAAUGCCAGCGCAAUGCAGGUUGAUUCAGGAGAAACGGAAAUCCUCAGAAAAGCUGUCGAAGACUAUUUCUGCUUUUGUUACGGCAAAGCCUUGGGGACAACAGCCAUGGUACCUGUUCCCUACGAGAAGAUGCUGACGGACCAGGAGGCGAUAGUGGUUCAGGGGCUCCCAGAAGGGGUCCCCUUCCAACACCCUGAGAACUAUGACCUUGCAACGCUGAAGUGGAUUUUGGAGAACAAAGCGGGGAUUUCAUUCCUCAUCAGCAGACCUUUCCCGGGUCCAGCGAAUCAGCCAGGUGGUCCUGGGGUGGUAACCGACACCGACAGGUCAGCGACAUCACCAAGUGAAAGCUGCGCCCCCAUCCGUGUGAAGACCGAACCCAUGGAAGAUUCUGGUAUUUCACUGGAAGCAGCAGUUGUGUCAGUCAAGAAAGAAUCAGAAGAUCCUAAUUACUAUGAAUAUGGUACGCAAGAGAGCCGUCGUCCUUCUGCAGGCACUGAAGUAAUAGAAAUGGAAUUACCAAUGGAAGAUUCUACUCAACUUGUCCCUUCAGAAAUGAGUGAGGACCCUGAAGCUGAGGUGAAAAUUGAAGGAAACACCAGUUCACCCAAUAUUACGAAUUCUGCAGCAGGUGUUGAAGAUCUUAACAUCGUUCAGGUGACAGUUCCAGAUAAUGAGAAGGAAAGAUUAUCAAGCCUUGAAAAAAUAAAACAACUAAGAGAACAAGUCAAUGACCUUUUUAGCCGAAAAUUUGGUGAAGCCAUUGGAGUGGAUUUCCCUGUGAAAGUUCCCUACAGGAAGAUCACCUUCAACCCUGGCUGUGUGGUGAUCGAUGGCAUGCCCCCGGGGGUGGUCUUCAAAGCCCCCGGCUACCUAGAAAUCAGCUCCAUGAGAAGAAUCCUGGAUGCUGCAGAGUUUAUCAAAUUCACAGUCAUCAGACCACUUCCAGGUCUCGAGCUCAGCAAUGCCCCUUGGACUGCCGCACGCCAGGCUUCCCCAUCCGUCACCAACUCCCGGAGCUUGCUCAGAACGCCUGUCCAUCAAGUCGGUGAUGCCAUCCAACCAUCUCAUCCUCUGUCGUCCCCUUUUCCUCCUGCCUUCAAUCUUUCCCAGCAUGAGGGCCUUUUCUAAUGAGUCAGCUGUUUGUAUCAGGUGGCCAAAGUAUUGGAGCUUCAGCUUCAGCAUCAGUCUUUCCAAUGAAUAGUCAGGACUUUAGGAUUGAUUGGUCUGAUCUCCUUGCAGUCCAAGGGACUCUCAAGAGUCUUCUCCAACACCACAGUUCAAAAGCAUCUGUUCUUUGGCAGUCAGAUUUCUUUAAGGUCCAACUCUAUUUUUUAUAAGAUUUGCAAUUCUAGUUUGCACUGUAGUGUCUUUGCAUCUGGAGAAAGACCCAUCAGCAGAGAUGUGAAGGCCCUGGGCCAGCUGCAGUGCUGGAAUGGGUGGUAAUAAUUGCUUUCUGGUACAGCUCCCUAACUGGGCAGGCUCUCUGAAUAAUCAGAGACACCCUGUCUCUAUAGUCAAAUUACAAUUCUCUGUGUGUUUGAUAAGCUAUUGUCCUUCACUGAAUAUUCACAGCUCUUAAAUUAGCCAAGACCUCCACUGUUUCUCAGAGAGGGAAAACUGGGUAAACGUUCAAAUUUCUGUGCCCCUUCUAUGCCUUAGCAAUCACCCCAGGAUGGCUAUUGUCAAUUAAAUCUGGAAUGCAAGAUCAAUUAUAUUCUCCUAUUUAUAUUUGCCAGUUUAAAAAAAUGUUUAUUCAAUUUAUUUAAACUAAAAUAAAUAACCAAUUCACCCAUUUCUUCUACCUUGUCACCUCCCACUUCUUACAGCCAUUAGCCUGUUUUCUAUAUGUUAUUUUUUGUUUGCCUUUUAGAUUCCACAUAUAAGAGAGAUAAUACACUCUUUGUCUUUCUCUGCCUGACUUCACUUAGCAUAAUGCCCUCAAAUGCCAUUCAUUUUGUUGCAAGUGGUAAGAUUUUAUUAUUUUUUAUGGCUGAAUAAUAUUCCAUUUUAUAUUUAUGCCACAAUUUCUUUAUCUAGUCAUCCACUGAUGGCCACUUAGGUUGUUUCUAUAUCUUGGCUAUUGUAAACAAUGCUGCAGUGAACUUGAAGGUGCAGUUAUCUUUUUGAAUUAGUGUUUUCUUUCUUUUUUUUUUAGUGUUUUCAUUUUCUUCAUAUAAUUCUGAUGGAACUCCUGGAUCAUAUGGUAGUUCUGUUUUUAAUUUUUUUUUUUUUUUUUUUUGAGAAAUGAACGUGGUGAGAGCACACAUCAUUUUCUUGUUCCUGAUCUUAGAGGAAAAGCUUUUAGCUUUUCACCAUUGAAUUUGAUGUUAGCUAUGUACUCCUUACACAUGGCCUUUACUAUGUUGAGGUAUGUUCCCUACAUACCUGCUUUAUUGAGUAUUUUUGUCAUAAAUGGAUGUUGAAUCUUGUCAAAUGCUUCUUCUGCAUCUACUGAUGCAGAAUCAUAUGAUGAUCAUAUGAUUUUCAGCCUUCAUGUUGUUAAUAUGGUGUAUCAUUGACUGAUUAUUGAACCAUCGUUGCAUCCCUGGAAUAAAUUCCACUUGAUCAUGCCGUGUGAUCAAAGGUAUUGUUGAAUUCUGUUUGCUAAUAUUCUUUGAAGAAUUUUGUAUCUAGGGUAAUCAGAGAUAUUGGCCUGUAAUUUUCUUGUUUUGUGACAUCCGUUGUCAGGGUAAUGGUGGCCUCGUAAAACACAUUUGAAAGAGUUCCCCUCUCACAAAUUUUUUGUAAGAGUUUGAUAAAGAUUGAUCUUAUAAUAACUGUUCUUUGAAUGUUUGGUAGAAUUCACCAGUGAAGCCAUCUGGUCCUGGACUUUUGCUUGUUGAGAAUUUUUUGUUUGUUUGUUUGUUUUGCUGAUUCAAACUCCUAAUCUCCUUGCUAGCAAUUGGUCUGUUUCAUUUGAGAUUUUAAUUUCAGAUUUUCUAUUUCAUUAUGAUUCAAGCUUUGUAGAUUGUAUGUCUCUAGCAAUUUAUCCAUUUCUUCUUGGUUGCCCAGUUUAUCCAUUUCGUCUAGUUUGGCAUAUAAUUGUCCAUAGUAGUCCCUUCUGAUCCUUUGUAUUCUGUGGUAUCAGCUGUAACAUCUCCUCUUUUAUUUCUGAUUUGAGUCCUCUCUCUUUUUCUCUUGCUGAAUCUAGCUAAAAGUUUGUCAAUUUUGUUUAUAUUUUCUAAGAACCAGUUCUUAGUUUCAUUGAUCUUUUCUAUUGUCUUUUCAGUCUUUAUUUCAUUUAUUUCUGCUCUAAUUUUUGUUCCUUCCUUCUACUAACUUUGGGCUUCAUUUGUUCUUUUUUUUCUAGUUCCUUGGGGUGUACAGUUAGGUUGUUUGAGACUUUUCUUGUUUCUUGAGGUAAGCAUUUAUUGCUAUGAACUUCCCUCUCAGAGCUGCUUUUACUGCAUUUCAUAAGUUUUGGUAUGUUUCACUUCCGUUUUCAUUUGUCUCAAGGUGUUUUUGUUUCUCUUUUGAUUUUCUUCUUUGACUCAUUGGUAGUUUAUAACUUGUUUAAUCUCCACAUUUGCGAGUCUUCCAGUUUUCUUCCUGUAAUUAAUUUCUAGUUUCAUACCACCAUGACUGAAAAAAAUGUUUAAUAUGACUUCAAUCCUCUUAUAUUUGUUAAAACUUGUUUUGCAAUCCAAUAAAUCAUUUAUCUUGGAAAACACUUACUGAUUUUCUGGGUAGAUGACCUAUCCAUUAAUGUAAACAGAGUAUUAAAGUCCCCUCCUAUUAUUGUA